ACACCAAGGUGAUAUCAUGAACCAUUACUAUGAAAGUGCGACUAUAUUUGAUGAGCACGGAACUCAAAUUGUUUAGCCUUAUCCACAGCGAAAUGAAGCUCUGCAAUACCGACGCUCGAAUGAAACAAGUCAAGGAAUUCGAUGAGUCUGGGAUCGGAGUCAAGGGUCUUCUUGAUUCAGGUAUCACUUCAAUUCCUCUAAUUUUUGUUCACCCACCUGAUCAAGUUCCAAACAAGAAAUCAUUGUCACCUCAUUCAACGACCGAUUGGGAAAUUCCGGUUAUUAAUUUCUGUGGUUUGACCAAUUCCGGCGACCGAAGGUCAGAAAUCGUUAACCAGAUUAGAGAAGCUUCUUCUACCUACGGAUUUUUCCAAAUAAUCAAUCACGGAAUCUCACAGACCGUGAUAGACGAUGCACUAUCAUCCGUUAGAUCUUUCCAUGAACAACCAAUUGAGAUCAAGAACAAGUAUUAUGGCCGUGCCCAAGACGUUUGUUUCAUGAGCAAUUCAGAUCUUUAUAAAUCAGAGGCAGCCAGCUGGAGGGACACGUUGAAAGUAGUAGUGGGACCAGAACCGCCGGCGACGGAGAAGUUGCCGGAGGUUUGUAGGAAUGAACUAAUGGAAUGGGCUCACCAUGCAACAAUACUCGGCGAGAUAUUGAUGGAGCUGAUGUGCGAAGGCUUAGGUGUUAGACCAGAAAGAUUGAAAGAAAUGAGAUGCAGCGAAUCGAAGAUACUCCUUGGCCAAUACUAUCCGUAUUGCCCACAACCUGAAUUGACACUAGGGCUUGUUCCACAUACUGAUCACAGCAUUAUAACACUUUUGCUUCAAGAUCAAAUCGGUGGGCUACAGGUCAAGUAUGAAGACCAGUGGAUCAGUGUCAAACCUAUUCAAGGUGUUAUUACGGUCAAUGUCGGAGACUUUUUCCAGAUAAUUUCGAAUGAUAAGUACAAGAGCGGGGAGCAUUGUGUGUUGGCUAAUAGUUCCCAGAAAUCAAGAGUUUCUAUUCCAUUGUUCUUCCACCCAGCCGGCUUAACCAACAAUGAAGAUGAUAAUCCAACUUCCUACGGACCUCUGCCGGAGCUUUUAUCCCAAGAAUAUCCUCCUUGUUACAGGAGUUUUACAUUACCAGAGUUUUGGAAACAUGCUCAGAGUCGUGCAUUGUGCUUGAAAAAUUUGGUUAAUGGAUUUAAAAUUGUGGAAUGAUAACUAGAAUCACUUAAAGUAGUUAAGUUGGUAUCGUCACUAUGUAUUCAGUUAAGUCGACUCGUAUGAGUUCAUAAUAUGCGUUAGCAAACAAUGUUAUUGUUCUUUGCCUA